UCCAGGGUGUCCAGGGUCUACGUACCAAUCGCCAGCGAUGAGCAAAAAAGGAAAAACGACGGCACAACCAGUAGUCGAUGCGAGUAACAAGAGCAGUUCACCUCUCAGUUUCUCAUUCAAAGGCAUCAGCAAGAUGGAAGAAUUUACUGAUGAAGAACCUAGAACGGCCCCAUCGGCUAGAUCACCCAAGGCCAGUCAGAUAUUAAAUCAAAUUGACGGCUCGCCCAAAUAUCGUACUAAUGCUAUAAGACUAAAUAACAACACUCUAUCGGACAUCGGGAACUUUGGAGAAGUCGUGGAGCAACUACUGUCUCAACCUAGCGCGCUAUCUUGGAUAGAUCUGUCGUUCAACAGCCUAGCAACCAUAGACGAGGUUCUCUUGCAGUAUCCUAAUGUCACUGUCCUAUAUCUCCAUGCCAACAGUAUUACAAAACUAUCAGAGGUCGACAAGCUUGCAAAACUCGAAAAGUUGAAAUCGCUCACACUGCAUGGGAAUCCCAUAGAGAGUGCCAAGGGGUACAGAGAGUACGUUCUGUCGAUUCUACCACAGUUGAAGACAUUCGAUUUCAGUGGCGUCACCAAAUCAGAUCGAGCACGCGCAACAUCGUGGAAACAAAUAUAUGGGAAUAAGCCACACAGCAAAAAGAAGUUGAAUGAAACGUGA